AUGAUCUCACGGAUUCAGGAUCCGGAGGAUUCUGAAGCAUAUGCACUAUGCACUGCCUUGACGGCGGUCGUCCUCGCGCAUUUGAAAUUUAACCCUGCGGAUAUCACUCAAACUUCUCACACAGUCGAUAAUGGGUGGGUGGCUGGAGAGUCAGAGCGAGCAAGAGCCUCGGUUCGAUAUCACGAGAAACCGAGUCUCGAAUUAUUACUUUCAUCCUUUUUCCUGCACAUAUUUUAUGCAAACCGUGGUCACGUCUGGAGAGCUACAGUUCUCAUCCGCGAAGCUAUUACCUUGGCCCAAUUCUUAGAACUGGACCAGGCCAAACACUACAAACAGUUGUCCAAGAAGGAGGCUCAGUUGCACCUUCGUAUAAUAUGGAUUUUGAGUAUCACAGAACGCGGGCACACAACUCGAUUCGAUUUGCCAAGGAUUUUGAGAUUAGAUCCUGAUUUACCACCAUUGGAAACUCAAGACGUCGAACCCGGCCUAGUAGCCUUUACAGACUUGUGCCAACUUUUCCAGACUUUCGGCCGCGCCAUGGACAGCGACAUGUUAAUUCGAACACCCGACUUUUUCAUCGGAACUGAUCAAAAGCUGUUAGAAAAGCGACAGUUACAGUCGAAGACGCAAGUCCAACAAGCCGAUUUCCUCAUCACUCAACAAUGGAUGAGAAUCAUGGUGUGGAAAAUGUCUAUUUUCCAUGUCAAGCUUUCUGUGAAUGCAGAUGACGAGAACUUGAGUAUCUGCUUCCCGGAACGUGUAGCACAAAUUGUGCUCAUGUAUUUGAAUAAUCUUUCUCGCAAUAUCAUCGAGGCUCAUGGUAUCGGCAUGCAAAUGAAACUAGCAGACGUAGCAAUAUCCCUCGCAGACAUGCUAUCGUGCAUACCAUGGGUCUCCGAACGCCGACAAGUUAUGAAAGUCGGACCAGGCGACAUGGUCUGCCACAUCGCCCAGACCUUGGCCUCUCUACGAGGAAACGUGAAUCCACGAAUGGAGAUCUUAUUUGAGAAACUGUCAUCACAAGGAUGGGGCUGUUCUCCGCGAUCAAUGUCGACUACUGACAUUUCUUUCGAAUCUUUACCCGCCACUACACCUAUCACCACCACGACUACGACUAUACUCCCUAUACGGCAGAUUGAAGAUGUCUCCGAUGAACCCGAGGAGGAGAACAAUGAUGAUUACGACGAUUACGUGAAACGGACCAAAUUGCAUACACCAGGAGGCUAUUGA